AUGGACAAUUUGGAAAAAGCGGAUAGAUUUGCGGAGGAGAAUAAUCAACGGAAGAAUGAAGACUUAGAUGUUAGAGCGUCUAUUUCUAACAUAAGUAAACGUACACAGACAGCGACUGAACAAAAAUGCCUAUGGGGGUCUCUUUACAGGGAGAAAUACAAGUGUCCAGAUCCCUCCUAUUUUCAGCUUAUCUACAGAUGUAAUUUACAGUGUCCAGGACAUGAGAAAGGACACGACUGCGAACUACACUGUACAGUGAACUACUCUUGCCUAGCACCUCGAAACAUCACUACGAAAACGUGUGCAAACGCAUACAAGUGUAAGGGCAAUCAUGACGAGACUCACUGUGACUGGGCUUCAGAGCCAAUCUGUAUGUGUCUAGGUUUAAUCGUCAGCGUCCGUGAUAGUCCCCUGACUGUUCUACGGUCCCAAUUCAAGAAUGUCUCCAUUAUGACAAACGAGAGCGAUCUACUAUCUGCUGAUUCCCUUAACGUGUCAAACUUUACUUAUCUGGAGCUAACAGACAUCUCUUCAUUAACAGACAAUUUAACCACGGGGUUAUGUAACCUGAAAUCACUUAGGUUGUCUAAUAGUAAUAUUUGGUCCUCUUUAACUCCGUAUGUCUUCCAAGACUUGUCUAGUCUUUUAUCGUUAGAUCUAUCAUCUAAUGAAAUCAAUCGUUUACCUGGUAACGUAUUCCACGGACUCUCUUCACUUAUAAAAUUGGAUCUGUCUAACAACAGAAUUUUAGAUCUUCCAAAUAACCUGUUUGAUGGACUAUAUAGUCUAUCCUAUCUUGAUCUGUCUAAAAAUGGAAUAUCUCUUCUUCCAGGACUCUAUGGUCAGUUUUACGAUAUGACUGUUCUAUUUGAGGAAUUAUCUGCUCUAACCUAUCUAGACCUGUCUGACAACAGAAUAAUAAACCUUUCUGAUAAACAAUUUAAUGGUAUAUCUCAAAUUACAUAUUUCAAUCUGUCUAACAAUAGAAUAAAAGAUAUUCCUGAUAACCUAUUGGAUGGGUUAUCUGAUCUUACCUAUUUAGAUUUAGAAAACAAUCAGAUAACACAUCUACCAAGAAAUGUGUUCUACGGACUCGCUUCACUUGAAAUACUGGAUUUGUCUAACAAUAGGUUAGCACAUAUUCCAACACAACUUUUUAAUGGACUUUCUGCUCUUCAAAAUCUAGAUUUGUCCACAAAUGAAACAUUUGAUCUAUUAGAUAAUCCAGUUAGUGGACUGUCUGAUCUUAUUUUGCCAGAUCUGUUUGUAGAUGGAACUAUGGAUAAUGUACUUUACAAGGUAGUUGAUGUAUUUCUGGAUUUGUCUAAAGAUACAAAACCAAGUAAACUACCUGAUGACAUAUCUGCUCUUACCUUCAUCGAUCUGUCCAACAAUGAAAUAAUAAUUCUACCAGAUAAUCUAUUUGGUGAACUAUCGGCUCUUAUCUUCCUAGAUCUCUCCAACAACAAAUUGACUAAUCUUCCAGGUAAUAUAUUUGAUGGGUUAUCGGCCCUUACCUAUCUAGAUUUCUCUAACAAUAGAAUUAACUUUAAUCAAGGUUCCCAAGUGUUGGCGAUUUUCGAUACCAGUCCUGUUUCAUUUUAUGAACUAUCUGCUCUCAAGUAUUUGAAUAUGUCUAACAAUGGAAUAACGUAUCUUCCAAAUUACCUAUUUGAAGGACUAACUAGUCUUACUUAUCUAGAUCUGUCUAACAACAAUGUAUCCGUUCUUCCACAUAGUGAUUUGUCUAACGAUAAAAUUAUUCCAAUAUUUGGACUACCAUCUCUUACUUAUCUAAACCUGGAGAACAAUCAGAUAACGGAGCUCCCUAACGAUAUUUUUAAUGUACUCUCUAACCUUAAGUCUCUACAUCUAGGUAACAACCAUAUAAAGAAGAUCCUAGUACACACCUUUACUCGACUCCAUAGACUUCGAAAUCUUUCUCUUAUCAAUAACGGAUUAACAGUUUUCCCUCGCGAUUCAUUUAAAGGACUAUCUCGGCUUGAAGGUAUUUAUCUUACCAACAACAAGUUAUCUUCCUUACCAGUCUUACCUUCGUCUCUAUCCUACCUGGACAUAUCUUACAAUUCAUUUCUAGAUUUACCAACUGGAACAUUCACCAACAGCAGUAACUUAAAGUUUUUAAAUAUCGUAGGCAACGAGGUUAGAGUUACAGAACACAUAUUUCAAGGUUUAGACCAGCUUUUAAUCUUACUUACUGAUACUCCUUUCAUGUGUUGUGUGAAACCUGAAUCUGUUGACGACGAUCAUUGUGUUAAAGAUUUAUCUGAAAUAGAGAAGUGCAGGUAUAAAGAUGAUUUGUGCUACUCCGAUGCGAUAUCAUCCUGUUAUGACUUGAUUGCUUCCAAUGCACAAAAACUGUGUCUCUGGAUAAUCGGAGUUUUUGCUUUGAUUGGAAACGUUUUUGUGAUUAUAUAUUCAUUAUAUAUCGCCAAACAUGCCACCACCAUCACCACUUUUUCGAUCUUUGUGCUGUUCCUGAGUAUCUCCGACUGUCUUAUGGGUAUAUACCUACUAAUUAUAGGCGCUGCCGAUGUCCAUUACAGAGGGAUGUACUCGUGGAACAGUCAAGCAUGGAGACAAAGUCAAAUAUGUACCUUAGCUGGUAUCAUUUCUAGUAUAUCCAGCGAAAUGUCAACUUUUCUUAUUUUAUCAAUAACCAUAGAUAGGGCAUUUCGUACAGUGUUGCCCCUGUCCCUCUAUUCCAGAAAGAAAUUUUCUAAAAGAUGUGUCUGCGUUGUAUUGGCAUUCUCAUGCUUGGUUUCUGUUGCAAUUGCAAUCAUCCCUGUUUUUCCUAGUAAGUUGUACUUUAAAGGAGAAUUUUAUUCUCAAUCAGGAGUGUGUCUCGCCUUACCACUGACAGGAGACAAGCAAUCUGGUUCGGAAUACUCAUUCGCAGUUUUCGUUUGCCUGAACAGUUUCCUCUUUGUAGUUAUAGCCGCAGGUCAGCUUUGUAUGUUUAAAAGCAUAAAGACAAGUUCUAGACGGAUGACUUCGACACAGACUCGUCGACGUGAUAAAACUGCAGCAAAAUCCCUCUUCCUGGUGGUGGCGACCGACUUUUGCUGUUGGUUUCCUAUCGGCGUUAUGGGAUUAAUGGCAAAGUGUGGAUACCAGAUACCAGAUGACGUGUAUGCGUGGGUGAUGGUGUUUGUGUUACCAGUAAAUGCAGCUGUUAACCCGUUCUUAUAUACUGGAACAGCUGUUUGGAGGAAACGGCAAAGAGAUCAAACGACGAAAAGCACGUCAACCUCGUCACAGAGAAAUAGAGAUGAAAACACGAUAAUAAAAUCAAACAUGUAA